UUCAUGUUUCUACCCCAAUUCCUUUUGCUGUUUGCCUUGAGAGAUGUAUAUUCAUCUUUUUUGUAGAGAAAGAAAGUGAGUGAUCUCUCUUUGAAAAGAGAUCUUCAGAGAGAGAAAAAAAAGGAAGAAGAGAGAAACAAAAUGUGGCGCCUAAGCAACAAGGUGAUCGGUCUCCUCAACAUUGUUACCCUCCUCAUCUCUCUAUUCCUUUUAGGUUAUACCCUCUUCGACCACUUCUCUAAACACCACUCUACAUUCUCUAUCCCAUGUCUCCACCUCCUCCAAAUCCCAGUCCUAAACCUAGCCCUCUUCCUCUUCUUUCUCUCUCUAGCCGGCCUCUUUGGCUCUCUAUGUAAAAUGCGCUUCCUUCUCUAUGUUUAUGCCUUCCUAAUGUUUGCCCUAAUUUUGGCCGUAGUCAUUUUCACAGUCUUUGUAUUUGUGAUCACGAAUAAGGGUGCAGGCCGGCUUGUGUCAGGGCGCGGUUACAAAGAAUACAGGCUUGGUGAUUAUUCACAUUGGUUGCAAAAGAGGAUUAGUGCACCUAAAAUAUGGACUAAGAUUAAUGGCUGUUUGGUUGAGGCUCAUGUGUGUGGUGCGUUAGGGCAUGGUGAUUUUGUCCAACAAAAGGCUGAUGAGUUUUAUAGGAAGAAUUUAUCCCCUAUUCAGUCGGGUUGUUGCAAACCACCGACGGCAUGCGGCUAUGUCUACCGCAAUGCAACCUUCUGGGACUUACCGAAAUCCGGCACCCUCAACUCUACUGACCACGACUGUCUGCUUUGGAGCAACAACCAGACUACGCUCUGCUACAACUGUGGCUCAUGUCAAGCCGGCUUGAUCGCCACCGUCAAGCAUGACUGGCGGAUGAUCACAGCUGUCAACGUUGCCCUCCUCCUCUUCCUCAUAAUCGUCUACUCCCUUAGCUGUUGUGCUCUUAAGAACAACCGGGCUGGCAACUAUUACAGGGGACAAAUUAUUGCCUAGCACUAAGCUCUCUUUCUCUAUAAUUUGUAGUAAAAAGAAAAGGCAUGCAACAAUUUAUUUAA